GCGUACAAGAGGAGGAGACGGUAGAAUUAGGCAUAACAGAGGACGCGGAGAGUCUCGGCCACAUCAGGAGGAGCCGGAAGACGAUGAGAUGCCGUCAGUGCAUCAGGAGCAGGUUGAGGAGCAGGCUGUGCAGCAGGCUUGGCCUGGAGGGCCGAUCGAUACGAGUCUUUUGACUCGAUACGAGCAUCAUGUUGCUCGUCAUGUAUGGUUUGGUCAGGAACGUGUCGAAGGUGACAAAAUUGAGCUACGAAUAGUAUCUUUAGGAAGAAAGUUAGCUGACAGGAUUCCUGAUCACCAUCCUCAAGUUAUUCAAGGGUGGUUGAAUAUUUCGGGGUUGUGCUGGCUUGAGCGGACUAGCUUGAAAUUUACCGAUCCGCAUCUUAUAUCCGCAUUUGUUGAGAGGUGGCACCCUGAGACAUCGUCAUUUCACAUGUCGUUCGGCGAGAUGACUAUUACUUUGGACGAUGUGGCAUGUCUUCUGCAUCUACCUGUUAGGGGUCAGUUUUAUACUCCUGUAUCAGUUUCUCAAGAACAAGCUGCGGAACUUACAGUUGAGUUGUUAGGAGAGGAGUAUGAAUUUGCAUUGCGAGAGACUGUAGCGCAGAGGGGUGGUUAUUUUUCACAGCAGUGGCUAUAUGAGAGUUAUAAUAGGAAUGCCAAUUUCUACGGGAAAUAUGACUGCGCAGCUAGGGCAUGGAUGUUGAUGUUGGUGGGAUCUACCAUUCUGGCCGAUAAGAGUUAUACACGUGUGGAUGCCAAAUGGCUACUUCUGUUUAGUGAUUUGUCUGCAGUCCAUACAUAUUCGUGGGCCAGUAUUGCAUUAGUUUGUUUAUACGAUAACUUGAACGAUGCAUCCAUGUUUUCUACGAGGGCCCUUGCAGGGUAUGCGACACUUCUUCAGUGUUGGAUCCACGAGUAUUUUCCUACCCUUGGUAGGCGGGCUCAGUCGGAUCUUAAUUGUGAUAAUCCUGGAUUUCCUCGAGCUAUGCGGUGGAUGUAUAAGCAAGGGAAGACCAAGCUCCCCGAUUAUCGGCCUAUAUUGAAUGCACUGACCCCUGAUGACGUGAUAUGGCGUCCGUUUGAGACUCACAGAGGUAGCAUUCCUUUUGAUCUGAUUACUCUGUAUAGUGGUCAUCUGCGUGGAUCCACGGUAGUUCCUUACUUGCCCGAGAGGUGUAUUAGGCAAUUUGGAUUUGUACAGUAUAUACCACCACCACCACCUCUAGCUCCUGCCUACUCUGAUAUUGAUAGCGACUGGAUUGGUUAUCACGCGUCCGUUGAUCGGAUCCUUCAGCCGACACGUCCAGUGACAUAUGCUAGUGAGACUGUACCUGAUUACAUGUCCUGGUACUAUAGGGUAUCACAUCCUAGACUGUGUCGCCCUGUUGAUGGACCACAUGGAGCACCACCAGUUCCGCACUAUGCACCUGCACCUGAUGCCCCAGUAGACGAUGCACCAGCAGAUGAUGCACCACAAGAAACUGCACUACAGCGUGAGCGGAGAUGGAGAGGUAUGGCUCGAGGCGCGCUUGAGACAUUUCUUACGAGGAUAGACGCUGAUAGGGAUGAUGAGGAUUUUGAGGAGCUUUUUUUUGCACUAGAUGUAUGUCGUGGUGCAUACCCAUGA